UUGUUUAGUCACAGUAACAAUAAUCUUUCCAUUUCUCUUUACUCUCUCUCGCUCUCAUCUCUCUCCCUCGCUCUCUCCCUCUCUCUCUCGCUUAUUCUCAUCAUCACCACCUAUACACACACCUAUACACACAAAAAACAAAGAAAACACACACACCUCCACCUAGGGUUUAAUCAAAUCACCUCCUCAUGUACUCCCCUUAACUCUCCCGAUCAUCGCGCAUCUCCGUCCCGCGCAACACAUGUCUUCCUUCCUCGACUCCACCGCUCACCAACGCAUCAAGCGCAAACUCGACGAUUACGACUACGACUUCGAUGACGACGACGACGAUCACUCCCCCGACUUAAUCGCCGUCCGAAUGCGCAAGGACGACUCAAACGACGCCGUUUCGUCCUUCCCCUCGGUAAACUCCCCUAAUCACUUACUUAAUCACUUAAUCGUUCCCAAUACGAGUUGUAGUUCCUCAAUUGCGUCCUCUAGCCGCGGGCUCGAGGUUAAUACGAGGAUUCAGUUCUUCGUAAGGAUGAUUUCCGGGGGAAAUACGCUUGUUUUUCAAGCGAAUUGUUUUGAUACUGUGAAAUCGGUUCACGAGAGGAUACAAGGGAUUACUGGAAUCCCGGUUAUCGAGCAACGGUUAAUUUAUCGGGGGAAACAGCUGCAAUGGGAGAAGACGUUGGCAGAGUGUGAUGUUCAGAAGGAUGCAGGGUUACAAUUGGUUGGGAGGAUGCGGAGCACUGAUCAUCCGCAGGCGUGGCAGGUUAUUGAUAUGAUGGUGUCAACGAUUUGUCGGAUGUGUAAAGGCGAGCGUGAGGUUUUUAAGAAGUGUGAGGGGAUUAAGAGAGUGGAUGUGAAGAAUCAGUUGGCGGAGUUUUUGACGAUGACACCUAAGACGUGUACGGAGCAGGCUGCGGGGCAUUUGCAGAUUUUUAUAUCGUCGUGCGCGCCUGCUGCGAUCGUGAUGUUGUAUUUGUCGAGUUUGGAUGGGAAUAAGAAGUGUGCGGAGGAUAUGAUAGGUCAGUUUAUUAGUGCAAUUAAUAUGUACCCAAAAAGUAUUCAUCCGCAAUGUGCGCCUAUUCUGUUGGAAUUUUGUAAGUUGUUGAGACGGAAGUCACAGAAUGAUGGUAUGUAUAAGUUGUGUCGGUGUAGUCUUGGGUCUAUGGUGGAAUAUAUUGGGAUUGGGCGGUCUAUUGCGUGUAAGGGUAGUGAAAUUAGUAAGGCACUCAUUGCGUUUCAGGAUAUAUUUAUGUUUGUUAGUGAACUGGCUGCUAAUUUAACUCAUGAUUUGACGGUAACGGUUGAGUCUGAUACAGUAGGAGAGCAACCUUUGUUGAAUGAUGUUAGUGAUUUUUCCGCGUUUUUGAUUCCUUUGAUAACUGUGAUCAAGGAGCAAGUGAUACUUGGGGGUCUUAUCUCGAUACCCUUUUCCGAGGUUGGUUAUAAUAUCUCUUGUUAUGGGGAAGAAAUUAAGUUUCUGUAUUCCAUCUUUGUUGGAUUGUUGGAAAAAAUGUAUCUUUGCCUUGGGAAAGUGGAGGUUUGGUUGGCACGAAAAGAGAAAGGGGAAGGCGAAAUUCUUCGUCUAGGAUGGUGCCAUUAUCUUGCUAUAUUAAAAGAAUUAAAUAGCAUCUCUAAACUCUAUCAAGGUGCGGAAGAAGCAUUUUGGACAAAGUUAAGGCAUAGAAAAGAUUCUAUAUGUUUCCUAAUAACCAGAUAUGCUAAGAGGAGCGAUGAUCACCGAUGGAUUCUUGAGCAUAAAGAGGUUACUAAUUUUGAGUGUAGGAGGCAUCUUGCGAUGAUGUUGCUUCCCGAGGUUAAGGAUGAAUAUGAGGAGCUACAUGAGAUGCUUAUUGACAGAUCGCAACUGUUGGCUGAAUCUUUCGAGUAUAUUGCUCGUGCUGAAACUGAGACUCUGCGUGCUGGUUUAUUUUUAGAGUUUAAAAAUGAAGAAGCUACUGGCCCUGGUGUGUUGCGGGAAUGGUUUUGCUUGGUCUGCCAAGAAAUUUUCAAUCCUCAAAAUGCCCUCUUUGUAGCUUGUCCAAAUGAUCGGAGAAGGUUCUUUCCAAAUCCAGCAUCGAAAGUUCAUCCUUUGCACCUAGAGUACUUUACCUUCUCUGGACGGGUUAUUGCCCUUGCCCUGAUGCAUAAAGUACAAGUUGGGAUCGUCUUUGAUCGCAUAUUCUUCUUGCAAUUGGCGGGUAUGAAUGUUACUCUGGAGGAUAUAAAAGAUGCAGAUCCAUUUAUGUAUAGUAGCUGCAAAAAGAUAUUGGAAAUGGAUCCCGAGACAGUUGAUCAAGAUGCUCUUGGUCUAACAUUUGUUCGAGAAGUUGAUGAGUUGGGAUCCAUUAAAGUUGUUGAACUUUGCCAUGACGGGAGAAAUCUUUCUGUGAACAGUAAAAAUAGGCGGGCGUAUGUUGAGCUUCUCAUACAACACCGUUUUGUCACAUCCAUCUCAGAGCAGGUAUAUCAUUUUGCCCAGGGCUUCUCUGAUAUCAUGAAUUCUUCAGAGUACCAGAAGUUCUUUUUUCAAAGCUUAGAGCUUGAAGAUUUUGAUUGGAUAUUGUAUGGCCGCGAAAGUACAAUUUCUGUUGACGACUGGAAAGCUCAUACUGAAUACAAUGGCUACAAAGAGGAUGAUCCACAAAUAUUAUGGUUCUGGAAGACUAUUGCGGAAAUGUCAGCAGAGCGAAGGAAGGUUCUUCUCUUUUUCUGGACUUCAGUGAAAUAUCUACCAGUAGAAGGUUUUAGUGGUUUGGCUUCGCGUCUCUACAUCUACAAGUCCACAGAGACCCAUGAUCGCUUGCCUUCCUCACACACAUGCUUCUAUAGGUUGUGUUUUCCACCUUAUCCAUCUUUAAAAGUCCUGCAAGAUCGUCUCUCUGUUAUCACUCAGGAGCAUGUUGGAUGCAGCUUUGGUACUUGGUAAAUCAAUAGUUGCAUCAUUGGGACCAGAAAGAAAAAACUUGGCCGUACAUACAAAUCUUUAUUCACAGCUUGUACAAAUUAUAGGUUAAAUUAUCCUUUUUGAAUUGUAGACUUGUAAGAAGUUGCAAUUUCUUUUGUGGUUCCGUUAAUGAAUAUUGUAGUUCCUUCUUUUUUGUUGUCAGUUGUCUAUAUAGGUAUAUAACAUUAAAUAAGGCAAGAAGUAAAUCCCUCCCUACGUUAUUUGCUUUUAUUGUUUUCAA